AUGAGAACCGCUCUCAUCCUUUUCGUAGCCGUAGGAGCUGCGGUCACUGCUGGCAGAAGCGAAAGCUCGAGAUACAUUUUCUAUCAACAGAACUAUCGUCUGCCAUUUCUGAAGGGCGUGAGCACUGAAGGUCGACUAGAGUAUGACGAUAUUGUUCGUGGCAGAAAUCUCACACUCGCCCAGGAACAGGAGAAAAUAGCAGCUUGGGCGAAAAAGUACAAUCGUACGGACCAGGUGAUGAAGUUCAAAGCCGACAAGUAUGCAAACUUCAAACAGCUUGAGCAGCAGAUCGUCAAAGUGUUUGCGGCACUACCAGCUGCCUUCCAGGAAAACUUGAAAGUCCUGAAAAGUGGAGACAAAACCGUGGCGGAGAUAAAGAAAGCAAUAGCAGAAAAGCACAAGAAGGAUAAAAAGCUAUACAUGGUGCUGGAUGAUAUUGUAAACGAAUUCAACGGCUGGCCACUCGCUCGGCCUACCGCUUACUAUUUGUGGUAUAGACGUAAGGGACUUCGCAAACGAAUUUUGGCAGCUCGCAAAGGUGAGUCCCUGUAG